AUGUUGACUAAAUAUUGUUCAAUUCAAUUUGUUCUCAUAGCUACCAGUCUCCAUGAAAUCUUUGGUAAAGCAAUUGAUGAUUUGAAUGCACGAAAGGAGAUAUUGCAAAACUUUGCAAAAGAAAAUCAAAUUUCGAUCAGAGGAGAAAAUGAUGAGCGUAAGUCUUUUCACUGCAAAAUAAAAGCUGUAUGUAUUUGUGCUCACAAAAUUCACUUGAGGAUUUAUGUUCAAAUUUAUGAAUGCCAAUUCCCUUCUGCCACCGGAAACUGCACUAUCAGAUGCACCAUCUCCAGACCUUAUUGUAUUAUCGGAUGCAGUUGGCAACACAGCGUGUGUUUCCGGUUGGACGAGAUACACAGUAACAGGGAUGUGCUACAUGGAGUCUACGAGUUCCAUGAGUUGGUACGACGCUGAAGAUUGGUGUUGGAAUCAGAGGAGUGGAGCACAUUUAGCAUCGGUACAUAGUCAAGCUGAAGCUCAGGGGAUAAAUUCUCAAUUCAAAGUGUGGUACCUACCAUUGGAUGAUUGGAUUGGCUUGAAACAGGAGUGUGAAAUGAAUGCUUAUUAUUGGACUGAUGGUUCUCCUGUGGAUUUUCAAUGGUGGCAGCCAAGCUACCCGCAGGCUCAAUAUGCUGAACAAAGUUGCACAACUAUAUGGAACACUGCACUGCUUCUAUUGAUAUCCGGGUAUACUCCUGGACAGUUUGAUGAUAUGAAAGAGUGCUCAGAAGCAGCUGGAUCAUAUGCACUUUGCAAAUAUGAUCCAAAUACAUGCAAGUUUUUGUAGACAUGUUUAUAGAAUUAUAUAACUUUCUACAUUUUAAGCUAUUAUUGGAGAGAAAUACGUACCAGUCGUAACAGUCUGUGCGGAAACUGAAUCGAUCGGCAACCGGUUUAUGCCGAGUCCCCAAUUUUUUUUAAAUCAAAGGUUGCCACACGGCCGCAGCUUGCAGAGCCUAAAAUGAGAAAACUAACUUGUAUUGAUUUAGUAUGCUUUCAAAUUUACGAUUGUGAAAUAUGUUCAACUCUCAAAAACAAUAGAAAUGUUUUCCAGAGUCGGACUUCAACUACAUCAAAAACUACAACAACAGUGCCAAUUAGUACCUUUAUCAUCACUACACCUACAACUUUGCCCGUUACGAAAACGAUCAAGACUACAACAGCUUCCGAAGCUAUUACUUUUACCACUCAAUUCGAUGCUUCAAAAUGUCCUGUUACAUGUCCGACAAACUGGGUGUACUACAGUAAUUUAUGUUACGCGAAAAUACAAGGCCCUGGAAGACUGAGCGAUUUCGCUGUAGAAUGUGAAAGUUUUGGCGGGAAACUAGCCAGAAUACAGGAUGUCCAAACAAACGAAAUGUUAACAAGAUUCUUCAGCACUAACAACAACGAUGACGGAGAAGCUUGGGUAGUUUCCUCUGGGUACAGUAAUGUUGCAAAUGGGUAUGAUUAUGAAUCAGACUCGUGUUUAGCCUUGACUUUGUCACCAGAAAUUGACGGAGUAGUUGCUGACAGAGGAACCUGGAGGCCAUAUUUGUGUGAUGUAGCCAAGGACUUUGCCAUCUGCCAGAAAUCAGCCGUAACAUAA